UUUCUGAAAAUAAUUUUGUUGCGAUGGCCAGUCGCAUUGGUUUAAAGGUCCACAAGACUGAGAUCACAAGAUCUGUAUCAGAGACACCACCAACUCAUUAUACAGUCACAAUACAGUCAUUUUCAUUGCUUUCCAAGAACGAUAAGAAAUAUGAAUCUGCAGAAUUUGAAGCUGGUGGUAACAAAUGGAAACUUGUUCUCCACCCAAAUGGAAAUAAAAACAAGAAUGUGGCGAACCACAUUUCUCUCUACUUAGCCGUGGCAGAUGCAAGUUCACUCCCUCCUGAUUGGGAGGUCUCUGCAGUUUAUCGGUUGUUUUUGCUUGAUCAGAACAAGGAUAACUACUUGGUAGCUCAAGAGCCCCAGGGAAAGCAAAGACGGUUCCAUAGAUUGAAACCUGAACGGGGUUUUGAUCGAUUCAUCCCAACUAAAGUAUUUAGCGAUGCUUCUUAUGGAUACCUGGUGGAUGACACGUGUGAGCUUGGAGCAGAAGUUUUUGUUAGUAAGGAAAGAAGCAGAGGCAAAGCAGAGUGUCUAGAAAUGAUCAAAGAUCCUGGCAGUUUUAAGCAUGUUUGGAAGAUUGAAAACUUUUCUAUGUUAGCAUCUGAAUAUUAUGACUCCAAAGAAUUCACUGCUGCUGGUUUCAAAUGGAAGAUGCAGCUCUAUCCUAAAGGAAGAGACACAGGAGCUGGAUGUAUUUCUCUGUACUUGGUUUUGGCAGAUUUAACAUCUCUUACUCCUGCUUCUAAAGUAUAUGUAGACUGUACUCUGCGCAUCCAGGAUCAAGUGGAAAACAGGCACAUAUCUUUUAAAAAGAGUCACUGGUUCAGUGCCUCAAGCCGGGAAAGUGGUUGGGCAAGAUUUUUUCCCUUGAGUUUCUUUCUUCGGCCUAAUGAUUGGGUAGUGAACGAUGUUUGCUUCUUGGAAGCAGAGGUGACCGUUCGGGGUAUUGCUAGUACUUUGUUAUAAGUUGUCUAAGUUCUCAAAUGUCCCAAGUGAAUUGUGGGAGAAAGUAUAAUAAAUGUAGCACUAUUUUAUUUCUUAAAGAUUGUAAAUUUACAGAAGGUACCAAUAAUUAAAAGCUGUCUUUUACAUUUGAGAAGC